AUGACCCAAAUAGUCGCUCGAGGCUUGACGACCCUCGAAGUCUGCGAGGACGAAUAUAUGCCUGGACACUGGAUCAUGUCACCUAUUCGACCCGAUUUUACGGUCGAGAUAACGAUAAUACAAUUAGAAGAAACUUGGAUAUUAUCCAAAGUUUCUACGGAAUUCAAAUCAUUUGUGGAGACAGUCAUCUUAGAUAUAUUUCAAGAGAAUCUUUUGUGUGUGGGAACGAUUGAAAGACAGUAUAAAAAUGAGCUGUUUAAUUUGACGAACACAAGAGCACUCGAGUUUUCUCUCGUCUCAUUGAAAGUUUACAACAAUUAUCCAUACGUUGUUCUGAAGCCAGCAGGCCAGCCCAGUAGACUAGUAGAAGAAAAUGAACUUUCUGCCCCCAAUUCUUUCAACAAAACUGUAACGUUCUAUCUUACCGUGCAAUUCACAAAUUCGAUUGGUCAAAAAUAUAGGUCAGCUCGUCGAGGAGUUUCUUUCGACUCAAACAAGCCGUAUCCUCGUCAGAUGGCUAUUAUUUUCACUACUACAGGCUUUUGUGUGGAAGUUGAUGCAUCUACCAUGGAUCUUACGGAGAAUACGUUGAAUUGGACUCGCAGUGAGAAUUGUACUCUGUGUGAAAUCAGAAUUCCAUUCAAAGAUAAAUUUCUCAGAAGGAUCGUAAUCUAG